GAACGUAUAGACGCGACAGAAGUAUUCGUAACUCGAAUCCAGUGAGUACGUUUUCUCAGCUUUCCCGUGUCACGGUGUCGCGAGCACGUCUGUCGUUGACGCUCGCGGUGUCGGUUGGUUUUAUCUAAUCUGUGGAUGAAAAUUAAAUUCCGCGAGUGUUAGUACCGGUCACAAGUGUUCGCUUGAGCGUGCAUGAAUUGCACGAGAUCGGAAGAGUCGGCAGGGUCCGAGAAACAGAGAAGAGGACGAAUGACGAGGCCAGGCAACGGGUAAGAGACGAGCACGGGAAUAGACAGAGAAGGAGAAAACAGUGGGGAGCAAGAGACACGGAACGAAGAGAGACAGAGAGAGAUAGAGAACGAAACGAAAAAGCAAAAGAAAGAAGCUAGAAGUGUGUCGGGCCAGUGUAUCGAGGAAGGAGCUGGGAAAUCUUGCUUUUCCUUUUCGUACGGCUGGAUCGAAGGGGCAGAGGGUGUGCGGGUGGGUGGGGUGCCAAAAAGAGAGAAACAGAAACGAGACAGCUCGAAAAAGGAAGAAGUAAUCCAGCCACGAAGGGUGUACGAGCUGUGCGUCUCGGGGAGGGAAGAGUAUUGUGUCGACAAACGAGAGUGUGAGAAAGAGACAGUGCGGUGCCGUGUAAACAUACAUCCUAUUGCCGUGAGUGCGUGCGCGAGUGGCAAUCAGCGACGACUUAACGUCGUCGUCGUCGUCGUCGUCAUCGUCGUCGUCGUCGUCGUCAUUGUCGUUGAACGCCGUCGUUGUCGUAAUCGUCGAGAUAGUGCAAAACUGCGUGGUCGGCGUCUCCUUGUAACAACUAAAGGAGACGUUAAUUUGUCGAGACGAACGUACGAAAAAUCGACCAACUAAUGUGUUUAUCACGGUGUAUGACACGCGUAUGAAACUUCAUUACAAAUGACAGUCCAUCGAGUGAGAAGGGAAGUCGAGUGCUGGCUGGAUUCGUCUGUCUAGCGGGCAAAGCGCGACACGAGAUGCAUCGGAGGGUGGGGUACAGCAACUACGAUGGCAAGAUUGCCGGCCUCUACGACCUGGAGGAGACGCUUGGCCGCGGUCAUUUCGCCGUAGUGAAGCUCGCCAGACAUGUUUUCACCGGUGAGAAGGUCGCAGUGAAGGUCAUCGACAAGAGCAAACUCGAUGAGGUUUCGAGAGCACACCUUUUUCAAGAGGUGAGGUGCAUGAAGCUGGUGCAACAUCCGAACGUGGUCAGACUUUACGAGGUGAUAGAUACUCAAACGAAGCUCUACCUGAUCCUCGAGCUUGGCGAUGGCGGCGACCUCUACGAUUACAUCAUGCGCCAUGACAGCGGCCUCAGCGAGGAGGUGGCCAGAACGUACUUCCGGCAAAUAGUCAGAGCCAUAUCGUAUUGCCAUCGAUUGCAUGUGGUGCACAGGGAUCUGAAACCUGAGAACGUGGUGUUCUUCGAGAAACUCGGUACCGUGAAGCUCACCGAUUUCGGAUUUAGCAAUAGAUUCUGUCCUGGUCAGAAGCUCGAGACUUCCUGCGGUUCCCUAGCGUAUUCGGCGCCGGAAAUCCUACUUGGCGAUAGUUACGACGCUCCUGCCGUUGAUGUUUGGUCACUAGGCGUAAUUUUGUACAUGCUAGUAUGCGGUCAAGCGCCUUUCCAAGAGGCGAACGACAGCGAGACCUUGACUAUGAUCAUGGACUGCAAGUAUUCGAUACCGCCACACGUAUCCGACGGUUGCAAGCGUUUGAUCGCGAGGAUGCUCGUUAGGGAGCCAGAGGGCAGAGCGACGCUCGAGGAAAUAGCAGCUGAUCCUUGGCUGGCCAUUGGACCCGACUUAGAUUCGGUGGAAGCGCUGCCUUUGGUCUCGAGGCAACAGGUGUCUGAUGAUCAUCAUAAUCAUAUAAUAACUAAGAUGGUCAACGGGAACAUUGCCACCAAAGAAGAAAUAUUGGAAGCUCUGGACAAGAACGAGUACAAUCACAUAACAGCAACAUAUUUCUUGCUAGCGGAAAGAAAAUUACGAGCUCAUCGUCAGGAACAGGUGCAGAAGACACGCCCGGAAAUCCUCGAAGUAUCGCCUAGCCGGCAAGAUGACGUAGCCACUAAUAUGCGUACCGACCAAAAUUCAUUGAGCACAGUUAACCAAUCGCUAUUGAGUGUGCCACGGACACCGGGUGACGUGCCUCAGAAUAUUCGAACGCGGAAGUGCAGCAUCGUCCAGGAGGAAGAAGACGAGGACGAUGUGUCCUCGUGCUCGGGUCGCGACGAACGCGGUAGCAAUUCCACUUUGAACUCGUUCAAUCGUCGUGGUUCCCGAUCUGAGGGCAAAUUGUCGCACAUUCUGCAAGAGAGGCUAGCUCAACUUCCGGAGAAACCGAAUCACAAGCCUAUAUCGUCCCAGCGGAACUCGCAAAAGGACAUUAAUGUGAUUCCUGUAAUCACGGACGGAGAGGAGCGACUGAUGUCUAGUCCAAAGAGCGGAAAAAGCGAUUCCUCGUCGCCUGUCCAACAAAAAUCGGGGGUUAGACCUCAAGCGGGCAAUCAGCUCGCGGACAAAGUACCUGCAACAACGAAAUUCGACUCCACGAAUCAAGAGAACCUGAAAAAUCGUUUCGAUGAUUCGUUGCCCGGCUGGUCGAGAAGGGGAUCUUCGGAAAACAGGCCGAAAUCGGUAUCGGACUGUUUAAAAUCGAUGGGACCUGUCCCAGCGAACAAAUGGAGGAUGGGAUCGCAACACCGAUCCUCUGCCUCGUCGCUGGACUCUUCGUUGACGAUGAGCCCGUCGAAACCGUCCGAAGCUAGCACGACGACCACCACGACCACUAUCCUAACAGAGUCAUCCACAGUGUCGAUUCCUUUAAGACCAUUGACCGGGCUCAACGAUAAUCUAUCAUUAACGCCUAAAUAUAAAACCAUGCCGUCACCAGGAAGUACUGGUUCUACAUCCACACCAUUAAAUGAAAUUCUAGAAGACGGGGACGCGUUGCCUCUAUCCGGCAGCGAGAGCGGUGGUUCCAAGUGUCGGGUAGUCAGAAGAACGGGAUACGAGCAGAGAAAGAGCAAGUUUCACAAGACGCGUACAACCUCCUGCUCGAGUUCUGACGCUAGUGACGACGACAGUGAGAGUAGGAAGAAAAGAGCACACAAAUUGAGCACCUCUGCGAGCAAAUCGAUGUCUUCUCGACGUGACAGUCACGACGAUUCUAGCGAUUCGCAAGAUCCUGGAGGGAGCGGUGGGGGUGAGGGUGGGGGUGGUGGAGGUGGAGGAGGUGUAGGAAACGGGGAGCGAACAACGGAAACACCACCAAGUGAAACGAAUCGCAAAGACAAUGGAAACAACACGAAUACCACUACCACAACGACUACAACGACUGGGGGAAGACAUCGGUGCUCGGAAAAUCAGGUUAUAUUCGGCAGAAGACAUCGUGCAGGUAGGAGAAGAGCCGGUGAAACGCGGCUACGCGAGAGUCAGUCUUUAAACCGCAUCACGGAAGUCCAAGAAGCGGAAGGACCUUCGGCGUGUCAUAAUCAUCACGUGUCUCGCAACUCCGCUGUUCUAGGAGUUCAAAGCAUGUCCUCGUCGUCGUCGUCAGUGUCUCAGAGCAGUACAGGUUCUCAUGGAGUUCCUCAGCCCUUAUCUCAAGCAGCAGCGACUGUCCAAAAGGCCAAAGGUUUCGGAGCAAGGCUUCUGCAAAGUUGGUCUCUCAGCGCCGGCAAGUCCUCGUUGUCUCAAUCCUCGAACAAACACACGAAUUGUAGCCCCAACGGCAGAUGUACCAAACAAGAAGCGCAACGGGAUGCUUGCCAGAGGAUCGAGAUGUGCGACGAAAGGGAAUUGAAUGGUGGCUCGGUUAAUCAAAUACCGUCCAACGACAAAGAAAAUAGAAACGGGUCAAUGAAUAGGAACGACUGCAAGAACAGGAAAAUCCGGUUGCUUAGUCGAUAUUUCGCCGUGCACAAGAAACUUUGUGUUCCAUUGCCAGGAUUGUUCGGUAAAGGGCGGUUGUACAAGGCUCGAUCUUGCGGUAGCAUUGCUCGGGACCGUGUCAGUCCACCGUCGCCGAAAUCCAUGUUGUUUUGCGCCACGACCGACGACAAGUGGCGGGAUCGUCGACAAUGGUGCGACGUGAAGCAUCAACAUCGUGGCAGCGAUGGGGACAUCAAUCAGAACUUGGGUCUGUCGCAUCUGGUUCAAGAGAGCGUGGUAGGUAAAGGUUGCAGCGCGUUGCCCGCGGUUUGCCACAUCCACCUGGGCGAUGCAUCCAAAUGUUGUAGUCUCUGUUGAUGAAUCUGUACGGCGAGUAGAUUGAUGCACAAACGACGACGGAGAAAGACACCGUGGGUCGCGUAAUUUUGACCUGAAGUCGCUGGAAUCAUGGUCGAAGCGACCGUAGACGAGAAUCGUCACUGUUCCAUGACGAGUAAUGAUUGCUUGCGAUCAGGAAAUGGAGAGGAGGCGCGAAGAAGAAGACGCAAGGGAACGUAAGAAGACGUAAGGAGAUACGAUUAUACGAAGUGCAAUCAAUUUCAUGAUGGUCGUUUUGCGUGCAGAGAGGGAGAAAGGAGAGUAGAAGGUGAUGGAAAGGAAGAUACGCAAGAAGACGUGGUGUGACACGAUUAAACGCAAGAUAAGGAGGAUCUUCUGUACGCGAUGCGUCGUGUUGAUCGUGUAGUUAACAACCGCGGUCUCUCAGCCGAUUACGCAGCACGCGUCACAAUGGUCAAUGUAUUCAAUCGAUCGUGUCGUGUCCCCUCCAAUAGACCGAUGCUGUACCAAGAGUAUCCCGAUCCUGUUCUUUUCAAACGCGACGCGUAAUCGAAAGAGACUAGAAUAAUAAGGGUCAUGUCGGAGAGGGAGAGAGCGUUAUCGAUCGAUCUUUCGCUCUGCGGGAAGUGUAUCUAGUCCGUGUGAACAAACCUAUAUUAAAAAUUACAGAGUUUAUUAUUAUUAAUAUUAUUAUUAUUGAUAUUUUAUUAUUAUUAUUAUUAUGAUUAUUACUAUUGACUAUAAUUAUUAAUAUCGUCAUUCUCUUAGUUAUUGUAAUGCAGAUAUCGACCGAAUCGCACGCAGAGUCGCGAGG